GGCUUCGCCUGAAAAUAUAGGGACCAUCCAAUCGCUACCAGGUGGCAUUCGACAGCAACCCCCGUCUUCCUCCCCACAACGACCGCCAAAACACACACGCACACACCUGUCGAUCACACCUACGACUGCUGGCCACCUUCUCCAUCUCUCAACAUGGAUGCGCCCGAACCUGAUACGCCCUUCGCCGCGGUCUCAGCUCAAACGACCAGAUUCCAGCAGAUCUAUCAGACAUACCUCGACAAAUCGACGCCCUACAUUGCAUACAGAUGGAUAGGCACCGGUGUCCUGUUCUUCCUGUUUGGGCUGCGGAUAGUAGUCGCCCAAGGCUGGUACAUCGUCGCAUAUGCGCUCGGCAUCUACCUCCUUAACCUCUUCCUCGCAUUCAUCUCGCCGAAGUUCGACCCCUCACUCGAAGCCGACACAGAUAUGGAAGACGGAGUUCCAUCCGGCCAGGCCUCUUCCCUCCCAACGAAGAACGACCAAGAAUUCAAGCCAUUCGUGCGCCGACUCCCCGAGUUCAAGUUCUGGCACUCAGCGACAAGAGCAGUGGCAUUGAGCUUCCUAUGCAGCUGGAGUGAGAUCUUCAACUUGCCAGUCUUCUGGCCAGUACUGGUUGUGUACUGGUUGAUAUUGGUGUUUUUGACGAUGCGGAGGCAGAUCCACAGCAUGAUUAAGUACAGAUAUGUGCCGUGGGACUUUGGCAAGACCAAGUACUCUGCCAAAUAAGCAGCUCGGUACUGGGAGGCGUUUUGAGGAUGAUAGAAUAUGUACGACCAGCAUUGCAUUGGGGCAAGCGUGUAAUAUGAACAACGAGAAACAUGGACAUGCCAGCCUCACCUUUCCAUUCUUCCCAAGUUCCGAACUGCGGCGAAUUACUGCAAAACUGCCCAUGCUCGGAAGCGAGAUCCGAGCGCGAGAUCCAAUCUGCCCGUGACUUCCCAGGUCGCGGUCACAAGGCCUGGCAACUUGUCGGAAAAGAUGGAUCACCAGCCUUUGUGUAGCUAAGAAUCACCUUCUAGGCCACCAGCUCUAUCGCGCCACGAAAAUUGAGACAUUCCAAUGAAGGCAGUUGGGGUCUACUACUAAACGC